AUGGCGCCUCAAAGGCAGCUCAAAGUCGGCAUCCUCGGGGCCACAGGCACUGUUGGCCAGCGAUUCAUAAAGCUACUUGCUCUCCAUCCCUAUAUGCACACCCACGUCCUCGGCGCCUCGGCACGCUCUGCGGGGCAGAAGUACAUCGAGGUUGUCAAGUGGAAACAGGUGACCCGAGUGCCGGAGGACAUCGCCCAGAUGGUUGUUGAGGAGUGUGUCGUGAAUGACAAGUGGAAGGAAUGUGAUCUCAUAUUCAGUGGGUUGGCAGAGGGAGAUGCAGGCGAAAUUGAAUCCGCCUUCUGUGCUGCUGAACUUCCGGUGUUCAGCAAUGCAAAGAACCAUCGACGGGAUCCACUCACGCCGUUGAUCGUUCCCCUGGUGAACACCUCGCAUCUCUCCGUUCUUCCAGCACAACAAGCCGCCCGCUCCCUCCAACGGGGAUUCAUCGUGACAAACGCGAACUGCAGCACGACAGGCAUUGUCAUCCCUCUAAAAGCUCUGGAAGAAGCUUUCGGGCCCUUGGAUGCCGUUAUUGUUACUACGAUGCAGGCGAUCUCGGGAGCUGGGUACCCUGGUGUGUCGAGCUUCGACAUCAUGGACAACGUGGUGCCGUACAUCGGGAGCGAGGAAGAGAAAAUAGAGUGGGAGACAAGCAAGAUCCUAGGAGGGGUACUCGCCGACGCAUCCGGAUUUGACCUGCACGCGCAGAGCCCUCUCAGAAUAAGCGCAAGCUGCAACCGCGUGCCCGUGCUUGAGGGGCACACGGAGUGCGUCAGCGUCAGCUUCAAGCGUCGUCCGGCACCCUCCCCGGAGGAGGUGAAGGAUGCGAUGCGGAGAUACACGUGUGAGGCGCAAACCCUCAACUGCCCGUCGGCACCCAAACAGGCUAUUGUUGUUCACGAAGAGGUUGAUCGACCCCAACCAAGGUUGGACAGGGAUGAUCAAGAGGGCGCAGGGGUCAACGUGGGACGAGUGAGAAGAUGUGGAGUAUUGGAUAUCAAAUUUGUCGUGUUGAGUAAUAAUGUUGGCAUCGGCGCGGCGACGAGUAGCAUCACCAAUGCCGAAGUCGCACAUGCCAAGGGUAUUGUGUAG